UUUUCGUUAUUUACAAUUUGAGGAUAAUUUUUUACGAAACUUGUGGUGUAAUUAUGCUAUAUUUUGCUUCGAAAAAUCGCAAUUAAUUUGUGUUUUAUAAUUCAUUUGUCUUGGAUUUCGUCCAUUUAUCUAGUUUAUUCAACUCUUUAAACUUUUACAAUGGCAGAAAGAGUGAACAUUCCCUGCUGUCCUGAAAGUUCAAGUUCCCAGACGGUUGUUCUAGAAGAAGUCGAUUCUGCAAGAAAUCAAACUGCAGGCACUCCACCAACUUUACGAUUGAAAUGUCGAAAACCAAAAUCAGACAAGAGUGUAAGAUGGAACGAGGGUACAGUCGAUAAUGAAAAUAUGAAUAAAAAGAAAUCCAAAUGCUGUUGUAUUUACAAGAAACCGAAACAAAGAUUCGAUGAAAGUUCAGAAUCUGAAUCAGACGAAUGCGAAAAUUGUUUCGGUCACGUUGAAGUCAAACAAGCAAAAAAAUUAGCCAAAGCCUCGUGCAGCGACCAGUCAGCUUCUACUUCGUCCAGUGAUGUACCCGUCGAACAUUCUCCUCAGCCUAUUAAUCCAUCAGGAAUGACGACGGUGUCUUCGUAAAUAAAAGCAAUACCUUGUAAAAUUACCCGGAUUAUUAUACUGGAACCAACGUAAUAAAACACGAGUUAUUCAGCGUUAAAAAAUUUGCAUUAUUUUAAUAUGUUACUCGGUCGUGUUUUCAUUUUCUUGAACGACUCGAAUACCAAAGUUGAAAAGUCGUUCAAGUUUUCCAUUUUGCUUUACGAAUGGUUAAUAAUAUUGUCAUGUGUUUAGAUUUAUAUGCUUUUUUUAGAGUUUUCAUUUUUAAUGCAUUUUGAAGUUUGUAAACUCGAUGAACGAUUUGUGAAAUGUUAUGUGUUUUCUUUUUCUACGUCCAUUUUGUCAGGAAUUUCGACAGUGUGUAUUUUUUAUUUCCAUAGAUCAUCCGUUGUUGGCUGUGUUUUAACGCAUAAUUUAACUUGUAUCUUCACGUAAUAACCGUGUAGUUUGAUAUUAAAUAUUUUCACGAUAAGUUCAAGUUGAGAUUUCAUUUAGAUUUAUUACGCGAUAGUGAAUUAUAUGUGUACUAAGUAAAUUCAGUUAUCAUGUAAAUAAACCUAUUUAUUCAAAA